GUCCUCUGUGGUGAAUCCAGUCAUCGCCACAAGAUAUAGUGACUCAAGUCCCAAAGAUCCAUAACUGAGAAAGGCAGUCACCCUCAAUACCGCAGGAAGAUAGAGCCCCAGCCCUUGCUACAACCACCAACAUGCAACCCCCCUACAUCCUCCCUGCAUCAACGCAACUAGCCAUGACAGACCAGUACCCACCCCGACCAUUCCAGUCCCUCCAAGCCUGCAGCCAGGCCCUCCACACCCUCCGCAACCAUCUAUAUGCUGAAGGCAACGACGACCUCGUCAGCGAAUACCUCGCCUUCCAACCCAUCCCACCCGAAACCCUCCCCUCCCUCACCGACGAGGAGAACCGGCGCGCCCUCCUCGGCACCGUCCGAAUCACCUUCUUCCCCGACAUCGCAACCCUCCUCCUCAAAAUCCCCACGACCGCCUGCGAAAAGGCCCAUCGCAGCGUCGCCGAGGAGACCGUGGCCGCGCUCGCAGGGAUGGGGGUCAGCAUCGCGGAGCGCGCACCCACGGGGGCCGCGACGUACACGGCGCCCUCGCCCUCGCCCUCGCCCGCGAGGUCCGGGUCCGGGUCCGGGUCCGUGAAGGAAGCGGACUCGUCCUACCGGAAUGGGCUGCUGGACGCGGACUGGCCGCAGUUUGUGAUGGAGGCGGCCACCGACUCGGAGGAGUCGGCGAGGCGGCUGGACCAGGCUGCGGCGUGGUGGGUGGGCUGUUCGGGUGGGCGGGUGCGCGUGGUCGUGCUGCUGCGGGUGGCGCGGGCGAGGAAGGCGCUCACCGUCGAGAAGUAUUUUCCGCGGCGGCAGUGGCAGUGGCAGCGUCAACGAGAGCUAGAAACUGAAAAGACGCCGCCACCGAGGUUUGUCCCGGGGUUGAUCGCGAGGACGGAGGUCGAUGUCGGGGUUGCGCCUCCCUGUGUGCGCGGGCCGCCGGUUGUUCUGGAGUUCGACCGGGUGGUCGGUAGGCCGCCGGUCGCCCCCGAGCAGGAUGUGAUCUUGGGGCAUGCGAAGUUGGUCGAACUCGCUCUCAUGGUCUUUAAAUGACCUGCUGUUGUGUACAAGAAUGAAUUUGCGAUAUGUCCGGAGAGUUUCUUUGGCGGUUUGUCAAGUCACCUACUUAAUUCUUGGAGCCCUGUUGCUCUACACCUUUUCUUACUCAAUCAUCAUUCAUCUAUUUAUCAAAGGAAUGAACUUCUCAUCAAGCUCUCUCACUUCAUUUGAUCUAGUACCAGACU